AUGGCUCCGGGGUGGCCAGAGCUGCCACGCCCGCGCGGGACCGGGCCGGGGUCGCUGGGGCCUUCGCUCGCGCCGGGAUGGCCACGACCCGAGCAGGCGGGACCGCUGCGCUCGCACCCCGCCUACGCCGGGAUUGCCGGUGCCUCUGGGGCCCCCACCCACGCCGGGAUGGCCGGGGCGCCCCGUAGUCACGGCCGCGAGGCAGCAGUCGUAGGUGGAGGGGAUGAGUCUGCGGUCCACGGGUUCGCGAGCAUUCGCGAUGGCCCGAUUUUGCGGCGUAACAGGUAG